AUGACCAGCAACGACAGCGAGGAAAGCCGUUCUCGUGGCAACAUCUCACCAGACAUGGAUCUUGAGAAAGAUGUUAGACCAGAUCAUUCGCCUUAUGCCAGUGAAACCUGUGCUGUCUUGUUUCGGGACGGGAAGAGGCUUUACAUUCCGAGAGAUCUUCUCAACCAAGUCGAGCCGAUCUCUCGCUCUCUUUUUAGGGGCGGCCCUAAACUCAAGGCCCAUCUCACCGAUAUCACUUCCGCGACCGGUCAUGUUCUAUUGCACUUUCUGGUAUGCGGUGUCUAUCAAUGUCUCAGACCCGAGGGCGACAGCCUGGAGAAAAGGCGAGCUUCUGAGUUCAAGACUGCUCUUGACGUAUACGUCGCGGCCGACUCGCUUCAGCUCCCUCGCCUCCGCGAUCUCGCGCGAAGAGAAAUAACCAGGGUCGGCGACACGCUCAGUCUGCCGUCUAUCAUAUCGGCCAUCGAAGACUCCGACGUGUCUUUCAAGACGCUCCCCGGCGUCAUCGCGUAUGUCGAAUCUCGUAUCCUCUCCUUCGGCGAAGAAGCGACACCUGCGGCUAUCGACAGCAUGCUCUCUGAGCUCGAGGGGCCAAACACACUGAGCCGGACCCUGUUGAAGAGCAUGGUGCUCCUCAAGAGUUCAGAGUUGUUCAAACAACAACAAGAGUUCCACGAGAAUGAGGGUCAAGUAUUUUUUGGGACUCCCGAAAAUGUGUUGGAGGAUAAGAUGAGGAAGAGAAGGAUGUCGCCCACAGAGCAGGCUAUGAAAGAGGCUGAGGCGAAAGCCGAGACUAUAUCCAAGGAGAAGGAAAUGUUUCCGUUGGCGGAAAAAGCCGUUUCUGAAAAAGAGGAAGCCUCCCCGGCAGAGGAAGCACCUGCAGAGGAAGCACCUGCAGAGGAAGCACCUGCAGCGGAGCCAGAUGAAAGACCUGCAGAGGAAACACCUACAGCGGAGUCAGAUGAAAAACCUACAGAAGAAACACCUACAGCGGAGUCAGAUGAAAAACCUGCAGAGGAAGCUGUUUGGGAAACGCAAUCCCGUCUUGAUAAGGAGGAAAUCGAUGCUCUGAUUUAUAAAAAGGCGAAAAGGGGGGGAAGUCUGUUGAAGAGAGACAGAAUGCGCCUUGAGUUGCUUCUUGGAAGGUCCCUAACUCGAGCUGACCUGGCUCAACCCGAGGCCGCUGCACUCCCGGCCAUGGACGCAAGCAUGCCGUUCGACGACAUAUACUCUGUUGCCGAUGGCACCUGUGAUGGCAAUUCGGAAUCACAAGAUGAUGAAAGACCCUUCCUCUUGUCUUCCGACUCUGAAGAUCCCGGCCAGGGCUCGGACGUCGAGGUCGUGGAGAACCGGCCACAACGCUCACCAUAUGCGAGCGGCAUAGUUGCUCUCCGAUUCAGUCCCAGCCAAACACUUCGCAUCCCUCGUCAGUUCCUGGAGAAAACCCCGCUUGCCGCUCGUCUCGCGUGGUGCGAACCGCCCAACGAGAUGGAUCUGGGAUCCAUCCAGUUCGAUGCCGGCCACGUCAUUGUGAACUUCCUCGUGACGGGUAGAUACCAGUGCCUCGAGCCUUGGGGAACUACUGCCGCCGAAAAGUACUCCUCGGAGUUUAGAACUGCCCUUCGCGUGUACAUGGCUGCCGAAUCUCUCGGCUUGACGGACCUCUUCAACGUUGCACAAGAAGAGGUCAAGAAGGCUGGAGACAAGUUGAGCUUCCCUCAAAUUGUAGACAACGUCCACUUUCUGGACCUCUUUCAUGCACACUUUCCGUGGAUAGGCGAGUAUGUCCAGUCUCGCAUGGUCUCCUUUUGGGAGAACACCACGGUCGAACAGGCGACCAAGAUGACGUCUGAUGUCUUGGGCCCUUCAAACCUACACAAGAUACUUAUCAGCGGGCUAGUGAAGAUUAAGGCUUCUUCCAGAUGGCCUCGGGGGCAUGAAUCGACCAUCAGAGAUAUGAAAACCCCGAAAGGUCGCGUUGAAGUCUUAGCUCCUUUCAGCCAGAUGCUUGAGAGACUAAAGAUUGCGAAUGAAAAGAUGUUGAAGUUUUCUGCAGAGCUGAAUAAGGUGGUAGUCUUGCAGGAGGGCAUGAAAGAGAAGUCGGGUUCAAGCAGCUCGCCCAAACAGCAGGACGAACCACGCCUUCAGAUGCCUGAGGUCACCCUCCUCCAGCAAACGCCGGAUCUGCCCCCAAAGAAAGGAGUGAAAGAGGUCGAGCAGGAAGCUGUUUUGGAACAAUGCGAACUGAGAUCUCUCAUGUCUAAAAGCCUCGACAGGGAGGAGACCCCGUUGGAGUUUUCCUGGGCCGACCAGAGACGCCUUAACGUGCUUGAGCAAAAGAGCCACAGGAGGGCCGACGUCUUGAAUGCGAAAAGACAUUGGGAUCGGAUUGAUCUCCAACGACGCAGCUUUCAAGGAUGCUAUUAG